AUGCUACCUCCAGCGUUCUACACUUUGUGUUUACUUCUUUUCUAUCUUCUAGAUGAAUUAGACAAGCUGAUCAAGCGUUACAGUGAACUCUAUGGCUCAUACAAGUCAGCUGAAUGCAUAACAUUAAUGACAGUCAGGCUACCAAAUCUCAAUUGGGAAUUGGCGUAUUUUAACACUGUUACACACAUCAGCAAGUCUAAUAUAUUUUCGGAAACUGUGAUGGAGUAUUUGAACAAACUGAAAAAAGACACUUAUUGGAAGAACGUGAAUGGACUAUCUGAGCUGUAUGCAGACUAUUUAGAUUACUCCUUACGUGCUCAAGCGCCCUUCCGUCGUAAAUAUUUAGAUGAUAUUGUUCCCAAAUCGAGGUUCAAAAAGUCGAAAAAUGACCUUACUCCAGGUAGCUCCAGAUCUCCGUGA